AUGCAGGCCCCACCACGACUACAGCGCAUACUUCUGCGUCUACAGGCUUACGAUAUAGAAAUACGCUACAAGCCUGGUAAAGAGAUGGUCGUUGCGGAUGCACUCUCCCGACUCUCCCCAGUGGAAAAGCAUGAGAUACAUUGUACCAGAGAUGAAAGUCCGUAUACACCAUGUCGCAUCCCAGAGGUUAUCGUAUGUGACAAUGGCACGCAGUUCACCUCUUCCCAAUUCCGAGCCCUAGCACAGCAGUACGGAUUUCGGAUCCAAACUUCUUCACCCUACUACCCCAGAGGUCAUGGAUUCAUUGAAAGACAUAUCCAAACAGUGAAGAGAAUCCUCACCAAAUGCCGAGAGUCAGGGGACGAUCCCAACUUAGCCCUCCUAACUCUCCGUGCAACUCCACUCAAGUCAAACCUUGCAUCCCCUGCUGAGCUACUGAACAGAAGAAAGUACAAGACGACACUACCUUCAGUACACCACCCCCCACCAGAUCGUGAGGAUGUGCGAGAUAUACUGCAGGCAGACCAGUAUUCGCAAACGCAAUACUACAACAGACGCUCUACCAGUACCCCUAUCCAAGAACUCCUCAACAACCAACCCAUCUACAUCCAAAAUCCGAUUAACAAAACCUAG